AUGCUGACCGAAGCUCAGCCUCCCACCCCUGCUAGUGGAUGUCCAAGCCCAGAAUCAGCAGCUGCGGCAGCGGAGUUGGUGAGCAGGGAGGACGCGCUGACACCCCCUAAUCGUAGCCAGCAUGGUUGUGGGGUUGCUGAUGUGCAUUUGGUGUGGCUGGAGUCGAGUGGGCAAGGUGAUGGCACAUCAGAAAGGGUGGUUCGUCCUACAUCUCAGGUUGCAAGCGUGGGAACCUCGUCUGAGGUGGUGGAGGCUGGAGCAGAGAAGGCAGCAGGUUAUCUGUCUCUGCAACCCAACAUUUCUCCCCUGCAGGGGAGUAGGCAAGAUGAUGGCGCACCUGAACGGGAUCGUCCCACAGCUUUGUGUGCAAGGGAGGGAGUCACGGCUGAAGCUGGGGAGAAUUUCAUGGCAGAAGGGCAAAGUGCGGAUGAUCAGAUUCCAAUGGCAGCAGGCAACCUAUCCCCGCGACCCAACAUUUGUUAUGUGGAGCUGCGUAUUUCUCCCUUGAAAGAGCUUAAUGUUGAUCAGUCAAGGGAAUUGGAGACAUCUCGCAAACAAGGAAAACCAAAGGGAAUACGGGCGCUAUUUCCGUCCGACAGGGCAGCUGCGUUCCACCUCAACAUCUUCCACAGACGUAUACCAGUUGUAAAUUCGUCGGCAGAUAUCUGGGUCUUUUAUAAUUUUCCCUUAGUAUGCUCUAUAGCUGGGAAUUCUCAACAAUAUAUCUCCCUUGCUGUCCAUCAUCCGUGGCUACCUCGCUCCUUGCUGUUUUCUUUUGUACAUGCCAAAUGUACAUUGGAAGAACGCCGGGAGUUUUGGCAAGCACUUUUGGUUGACAAACCAUGUGACCAGUCAUGGUGUAUUUGUAGGGAUUUCAAUGUGAUCAUAUCCCCUAACGAAAAAAAAGGAGGUCGGCCUUUUUGUAGCUCUGAGGGGUUGGAGCUUAUGACCUUCAUGGAGGAGGCCGAAGUUUUUGAUGUGAGUUUUUCUGGCUCGAGUUUCACUUGGUGCAACAAUCGCCAAGGCAGGGCUUGGAUCUGGAAGCGAUUGGAUAGGCUAUUGGUUAAUGGGGAGUGUUCUGAAUUACUGUCAGUCGUGUCGGUCACUCAUUUGGCUAGACACCCAUCCGAUCAUGCUCCGCUGAAAGUAUCUUUCACUUCACGUACAGAUGAUAAGCCUCAUGCGUUCCGUUUCCUAAAUGUGUGGACAUCUAGAGCAUCUUUACUUGAUGUUAUUCGAAACACUUGGCAACAGGAGUGUCACGGUUCCCCCUUGAGGGUCUUAUGCUCCAAGCUACUUGCUGCAAGGAGAGCUAUCCAAGAGUGGAAUAAGAACUCGUUUGGGAAUAUUUUUGCUGCGUCUCGUGAAGCAGAGGCUUCGGUGACUAGGGCGGAAGCAAGGUUGGACAAUGAGCCAUCGGAGGAUGCCCAGGUGGAGCUUAAUCGAGCACAAGCACAGCUUAACCAUGCGUUGUCAGUGGAGGAACAAUUUUGGAAGCAAAAGGCCCGGGUUAAGUGGCUCCGGCAUGGUGAUCGUAACUCUAAGUUCUUCCAUGCCGCCCUAAGGCAGAGAAGGUUGCAAGGGGUAAUUCAUCGUAUUAAGGAUAUGAAUGGCAUAUGGGUGGAGGCGGAGGAAGACAUAUCGCGUGAAGCGGUACGCUACUUUUCUAACUUAUUUUCUGCACCGACGGAAUCCUCGUCAGAAUUAUUGCACAUGAUCCCUGUCAGCAUCACGGCAGAGGAGAACAGUAGCUUAGAGGCUGAUCCGUCUAUGGAGGAGGUGAAAAGGACUAUUUUUGUAAUGGACGGUGACAGUGCAGCUGGCCCGGAUGGCUUCACGGGUAAGUUUUUUACUUUUGCUUGGGAGGUGAUUGGUCAGGAUGUAUAUAAUACAGUUUUGAGCUUUUUCUGCGGGGCUGAGCUCCCUCGAUUUAUUACAUCUACUUCUAUUGUCUUACUUCCGAAAAGACCGAACCCUCAGGAUUUUUUGAAGUUUAGACCGAUUAGUCUUUGCAAUUUCUUCAAUAAAGUAUUGUCUAAGAUCCUUGCUGAUAGGAUGGCUGGUAUUCUACCUAAUGUUGUUUCACCCCAACAGACGGGUUUUGUUAAGGGCAGGAAUAUAACCGAAAACUAUCUUCUCGCCCAAGAGCUAAUGUCAGGGAUACGUAGAUCGUCUAGGGGAGGAAAUGUAGCAUUGAAAUUAGACAUGUCCAAGGCAUAUGACCGUGUAUCAUGGGGAUUCCUCAUAAAUGUACUGCGGCGGUUUGGGUUUGGGGAAAGAUUUAUUGACAUGGAUAUUGUGCGGGUGCUAGAGCUUUACCAACAAUCCUCGGGUCAGUUGGUGAAUGGCCAAAAAAGUGGGUAUAUCGUGCAUCCCUCCGCACAGGCUGCUCGACGGAGGGUAAUUGAGCAUAUCACUGGUUUUCCAAGGCAGCAAACACCUAUUCGUUACUUGGGGUUCCCAUUGUACUUUGGGAAGAGUAAGGCUUCAUACUACAGUGAGGUGAGUCAAGCAAUACUCGGCAGAAUCCUUUCAUGGAAGUCCAAGGUUUUGUCUCAGGAGGGUAAGAUCAUUCUCAUCAAACAUGUUCUUUCAUCUAUCCCAUUGCAUUUACUAUCGGCCGCAGUAAUGCCGGUUUCGGUGUUCAGAGUAAUUGAGAGGGUUUGUGCGGGCUUUUUAUGGGGCUCGACAAAGAUGGAGGCCAGGCGUUCUCACCCUUGUCAGGUAGAGCUUAUUGCGGGUGCAUUAGCAACUUGGAAACGGUUAAUCAAUGUCAGCAGGGAAGCGGAGUUGUCUAUGCACUGGUUGGUGAAUGCCGGGACCUGUGACUUCUGGUAUGAUAACUGGCUGGGCAACGAAGCUCUUUUCCUUAAAGCCCCAGUUAAGGGGGAUUUAUCGUUCAGGGACUUUUUGGUAGAUGGAAGGUGGAACUCGGUGUUGCUAGCACAAUACCUCCCAAGGGACAUCACAGCCAUGAUCCUAUAUCAUCCGACCCCGGAGGGUGAGAGACCAGAUGAGGUGGUGUGGGUGUUAAUACCUUCAGGAAAUUUCUCGUUGACCUCCGCUUUCCAAGAGGUAAGGCAAGCUCAGAACCCUUCUUGGAUAUUCAACCCACAUUUGGCUCCCUCAGCUCCCACUGAAAGUCUCUUUCUUUAUGUUACGUCUAUUGAUGCGGAGGCUACCGCUGGAUGA